AUGAUGGCGUCAAGCUACAACGCUAAGGAAGAGGACGGUCACCACUCGGGUUCUGCGACUCACGGCGGGCCAGGUGUAGCAAAAAGUAAAAAACCGGACAACACUGCUUUUAAACAGCAGAGAUUACCAGCCUGGCAGCCCAUAUUGACAGCGGGGACUGUGCUGCCUGCCUUUUUCGUUAUCGGUCUCAUCUUCAUCCCCAUCGGUAUCGGCCUGUAUGUAACGUCGAACAACAUCAAAGAGUUUGAGAUUGAUUACACUGGUUUGGACAUCGAUAGUCCAUGCUACAGCUGUGCCAAGAACUUCAGCUGGAACAGUACGGCACCGUGCGUCUGCACUGUGAACUUCACAUUGGAGCAGCCGUUUGAGAGCAAUGUUUACAUGUACUACGGCUUAUCCAACUUCUAUCAGAACCACAGGCGUUAUGUGAAGUCCAGAGAUGACAGCCAGUUGAAUGGUGAUCUGUCUGCUUUGAAGAGUCCCAGUAAAGAAUGUGAACCCUACCGCACUAGUGAAGGACAGUCCAUUGCGCCAUGUGGGGCCAUAGCUAACAGCCUGUUCAACGACACUUUGGAGCUAUACCAUAUUGAAUCCAAUGGCACCAAAAAUCAAGUUGUGCUUGCAAAGAAGGGCAUUGCAUGGUGGACAGACAAGCACGUGAAGUUCAGGAACCCCGGAGGAAACAGCAACCUCACUGCAGCUUUCCAGGGCACUGCUAAGCCAGUAAACUGGAGGAAGCCAGUUUACGAGUUGGACCAAUCAGAUCCCGAGAACAACGGCUUCAUCAACGAAGACUUCAUCGUGUGGAUGCGCACGGCCGCACUCCCCACCUUCAGGAAGCUCUACCGCAUCAUCCACAAGAAACCAAACACCACCCCAACUCUUCCCAGUGGCAGAUAUGCCUUGGACAUCACCUACAAUUACCCUGUGCUCAGCUUUGAUGGUCGAAAGCGAAUGAUCCUGAGCACCAUCUCCUGGAUGGGAGGGAAGAAUCCCUUUUUAGGCAUUGCCUACAUCACUGUGGGUUCCAUCUGCUUCUUCCUUGGAGUGGUCCUGCUCAUCAUCCACCAUAAAUAUGACACCCGCAGCAACAGUGCAGAUAUUCCAAACUGA